AUGCCAAACCAGGAACAACAGGCCAAGCGCACUAAGAAGGUGGGGAUCGUGGGUAAAUACGGCACCCGGUACGGUGCCUCCCUGAGGAAGAUGGUGAAGAAGAUCGAAAUCAGCCAGCACGCCAAGUACACCUGCUCCUUCUGUGGCAAGACCAAAAUGAAGAGGAAGGCUGUGGGUAUCUGGCACUGUGGAUCCUGCAUGAAGACAGUUGCUGGUGGUGCCUGGACUUACAAUACCACCUCCGCAGUGACAGUCAAGUCUGCGAUCAGAAGACUGAAGGAAUUGAAGGACCAGUAGAAGCUAUGCCCUGUUCUCCUUGUGAAACAUCCUUGUUUUCCAGUGUCAAGAUCUGUCCUUUGAACAAUAAAAAGGUGAUAAUGGAGUGGAA